AUGAUAGGAAGAUCUUCUUUAUCAAUUUCAAAGAGUUGUAUCAACUUUGUAAAGUUGAAUCGUUCAACUAGAAGUUUUGUUGCUACUGUUAACUUUCAAUCAAACUACAACAACAACAACAAGACAUCAAACAUAGUAUCAUAUCAACAACCAUAUACAUUCACAUCAUCAAGAUUAUAUUCUACUACAACUACAACCAAUAUACAACAACAACAACAAUCAGAUAUUAAAAAAGAAGAAAAAGUAGAAGAAAAGAAAGUAGAUGAACAACAAGGAGAAGGAGAAAAGAAACAAGAAGAAGGAGAAGGAGAAAAGAAACAAGAUGGAGAAUCAUCAUCGGAAGAACCAAAAUUUGAAGAAAGAAUAUUAACACCAGAAGAAAAGAAAAAGAAGUUUAGAUCGAAUCUAAAAUGGGGUACAGUGAUGAGUUUACUUGGUGCGACAUUGGGAUUCCUAUUUUACGAAUCACAUAUGCGUCACACACUACCAUACAGAAUUGUGAUGCGUCGUGUCAAUGCCGACAGAGAGGCAUUGCAAUUGUUUGGAGGUACUAUUUCCGAGUUGGCGUGGUAUCAAUGCUUUACCAAACCUAUUUGGGGUUGGACUUGGAUCUAUGAAGGUGCAACCACCUGUGAGGCUCAACUCAAUAUUCCAAUCAAACGAUACAUACCACCUGCACCAAAACCAGAUGAAACACCCAAGACCCCUCUACCAGAGGAAGAAGAAAGCAGAUUAAACGAUGGCGGUGCCCAAGAAGGCUACGUCAGAGCUACACUCGUCAAGAAUAGUCCAUGGUUUUAUGAUUGGAAGAUUCAAAGUUUAUCUAUUGAAAGUGACAAUGGUAAUGUUAAUAUUGUUACCUAUAAACCAUUACAAUAUCCAAAAUCAAGGUUCGAUCUUUAA